UAAUAAUAGGAAUGGAAGAAGAAAGGGAAAUUUUGGCAACUUGUAUUUGUCCAUCGUUAACGCCACUCUAUCGAAGGCCGCUUCUUUGCCAGCUCUCUCUCUUUCCUCUCAAGGGAAAAAAGAGCAGAGAAAAAGAAAAAAAAAGGUGAAAUGGGUGAAUUUGGAAGUCUCCAUUGAUUUACAUUGAGCAUUGUAUUUCCCUUGUUGAGGUUAUAUGGAAGAGAAGGAGAAGCCGGUCUCUAAAAGAGAAAUUUUCUGCCUGUCAGGACCUUUACAUCUAACUGCGGUUGACUGGAAUAACUUUCAUGACCGAAGAUCUGUUGCUGCAAGCUUGGUUCAGGGAGUGUACAUUCUAGAACGUGAUCGGCAACAGAACCGCCAAAAAAUCCAAGCUAAUGCACCACCUUGGUGGAACUUCUUCAAUUUCCAAUUGAUCCGUCUUCUUGUAGAUGAUGUUGAUAACUCCAUUUUUGGUGCCAUUUAUGAAUUCCAGUCUUUUACUUGCAAAUACAACCAUUCAGGUCAAAAUGCUCCAAAUUAUGUUAUUGCCUUUCGGGGUACUGUAAAUAAGUCCAAUACCAGGUCUCGUGAUCUCAAGUUGGAUCUCCUGUGCCUCCGCAAUAGGCUUCAUGAAAGCUCUCGAUUUCAGCUUGCAAUUCAGGCUGUGCAGAGUAUAGUUACUGUUGCUGGAACUUCAAGUAUUUGGUUAGCUGGCCAUUCGCUGGGGUCAGCUAUUUCAUUGCUUGCUGGGAAGAACGUGACUAAGAUGGGUUAUAGGGUUGAAACUUACCUCUUCAAUCCCCCAUUCUUCUCUGUCCCGGUAGAAAUAAUCAAGAACGAAAAGCUGAAGCAUGGGAUUCGCUUUACAAGCAGCAUAGUCAAAGCUGGACUUGCUGUUGCUGUAAAGAGUUGUCAUCACAGGCCUCAGCAAGAUGAUCCAUUUGUCUUACUCUCUGCAUGGAUACCAUACCUAUUUGUUAAUCCUGCAGAUCCUAUAUGCUGUGGGUAUAUUGGCUAUUUUGAACACCGGAAGAAGAUGGAGGAGAUUGGGGCUGGAAAAAUUGAGAGGAUUGCAACACAGAAUUCUAUAGUGAGUUUAUUGUCAGGUUCACUGAAGAGCGAUUCAGAACCUCUGCAUCUGCUUCCUUCAGCCAAUCUCACCAUUAAUUUGAGUCAGUCUCCAGAUUUCAAACGAGCUCAUGGAAUUCACCAGUGGUGGGAUCCUAGUUUUGAUGGUCAGUCAGAACUGCAUGUGUACAGGUAGUGCUUGUUCUUCCUUGAUCUUUUCUAGUGGACGACAAAUUACUUCUAGGAACACUACAUUGGGGACAGUUUGAUCACUGACUUGUUGUUGGAGGAACCCUGGGGUUGUAAUUUCCACUCGUUUGUUACCUUUAUACUGGGAAACUGAAGAAUGUCGAUAAAUUUUCUUUUCCAUUUUUCCAUAAAGAUGUAAACUGAUUGUCUUCUAAAAGUGUAAAGAAUCAGAUAGGGCUUGAAGCAUUCCAAUUUCUAAAACAUUAUAUCCAUAUUGUGCAUGUCGCACUUAUGUUAUUGUAAUGCCGAAGGAACUUUGAUGGACUUGAGAAUCAU